AUGCAAAAGGUCGUCCAGCGAAGGGUAGCCGCCGAGCAUCAGGCUCUGCGCCGCGCUGCAAAGCAAAGGAGCAAGGUCGACAACGGAAAGGAAUGGGGUGCCCGCUACCAGCUUGUCUCGCGCAACAAGCAAGAGACUGUCUACUUCAAGGAGGAAAAGUUCCGCAGACGCGAGGAGUACCAAGUUGGUCCUCUGCUCGCCCCCAGACGCGACACUGGCCACAUCAAGGACACAUACGGCACCGUCGACCCCAGCGUCAUCCAGAUCCCAAAGCUCCACUGGACCCAGUACAAGCACUUCAAGUGCCCCUUCGCUGCCGGCGACAGAGUUUUGAUCACAAAGGGCAAGGAUGCUGGCAAGAUUGGAGCCAUCUCUGAAGUCUCACGGGAAAGCGGUUACGCCCGCAUCACAGACUUGCGAAAGGCUGAUUUCUUCGUCCCCGAAUACGUGCGCAAGGAGAACCAGGACAACCGCCCAAUUGUACAACAAUCGAUGCCCAUCCCCUGGGACGAGCUCAAACUCGUCUAUCCUCUUCGCGACCAGACCACCGGUACCUUCGAAGACGUCGUUCUGGACAAGGUCGAUUUGCGCGUUGCUGGAUGGGUAGAGCACAAGAACGGCCUCCGCAAAUACGCCAGGGGCCAACGAUUCCUCCCUGGUACAAAGACUCCUCUCCCAUGGCCCGCCAUCGAGGAUCCGGAAAAACCUGAGGGCUACGACGACGACACUCUUCGUAUUUCCGUCGACGAAACCACUCACCGCCCUUACUUGCUCCAACCACCAAUGCCCAUGUCGGUCAUCGACGAGCUGAGAAACAAGUACUCCAUCUUCCGUUCCCGCCACGAGCCUGCAUACAUUGCCCAGAAGCAGGCCCAGGACCGCGCCGCACAACACAAGCAGAACCUCGCCCGUCUGGUUUCUACUCCUCUUGCCGAGCUGAAAGAGCAACAGCGACAGGAGAAACUCGCAAACCCCCUCGAGCUUACCGAGGAGCAGCUUGCCAGAAUUGGAGAGGUCAUGGCCCAGGAGAAGCAGAACGCCAUCAACAAAAUCUCCCAGCAAUAA